CUCUCUCUCCACCUCCACCACCACCACCCCUCCUCCCUCCCUUUCUGUUUCUCUAUCUCUUUUCCUCUCUGAGUGCAUGAAACCCGGAGCGCAUGAGAUCUCCUCCCGAAACCUGAGCGCGCAGUCACCGAAACGAGAGGCGAUACACCCCGCACAACAUGGCUACAAUCGUAACCUCGACCAGGUUCACAGACGAAUAUCAGCUCUACGAAGAGCUCGGAAAGGGUGCCUUUUCAGUGGUCCGGAGAUGCGUUAAAAAAUCGACCGGUCAGGAAUAUGCUGCUAAAAUUAUUAACACAAAAAAACUUUCAGCAAGAGAUCAUCAAAAACUGGAAAGAGAAGCUCGGAUCUGUCGUUUGCUCAAACACCCCAACAUUGUUCGACUCCACGACAGCAUCUCUGAAGAAGGUUUUCAUUACCUUGUCUUUGAUCUUGUCACCGGUGGGGAGCUGUUUGAAGACAUCGUUGCCAGAGAGUAUUACAGCGAGGCGGAUGCAAGCCAGUGCAUCAAUCAGAUCCUGGAGAGCGUCAAUCACAUCCACCAGCAUGACAUCGUGCACAGGGACCUCAAGCCGGAGAAUCUGCUCCUGGCCAGCAAGAUGAAGGGGGCUGCUGUGAAGCUGGCCGACUUCGGCCUGGCCAUCGAGGUACAGGGUGAUCAGCAGGCCUGGUUCGGGUUUGCGGGUACCCCUGGCUACCUCUCCCCAGAGGUCCUGAGGAAGGACCCGUACGGGAAGCCUGUGGACAUCUGGGCUUGUGGUGUGAUCCUUUAUAUCCUCCUUGUGGGAUACCCGCCCUUCUGGGACGAAGACCAACACAAACUCUACCAGCAGAUCAAGGCGGGUGCAUAUGAUUUCCCCUCUCCUGAGUGGGACACGGUCACCCCCGAGGCAAAGAACCUCAUUAACCAGAUGCUGACCAUCAACCCGGCCAAGAGGAUCACCGCUGACCAAGCGCUCAAACACCCCUGGGUCUGCCAACGUUCCACUGUGGCAUCCAUGAUUCACCGCCAAGAGACCGUGGAGUGUCUGCGCAAGUUUAACGCCCGGAGGAGACUGAAGGGAGCCAUCCUCACCACCAUGCUGGUUUCCAGAAACUUCUCAGUGGGGCGGCAGCACACCAGCCCUGCCGCGACCACCAGUACCGCCGCAAUGGCGCAGGAAGCGUGCAAAAGUUUACUAAACAAAAAGUCGGACGGAGUGAAGCCGCAGACAAACAACAGUAAAAACAGUGUAAUAAGCAGCAGCAGCAGCACCAAAGACAGCAGCAUUUCACCCUCCACACCGAUGGAACCUCAGACCACAGUCGUGCACAACCCAGCUGACGGCAUCAAGGGGUCCACGGAGAGCUGUAACACCACAGAAGAGGAGGAUAUGAAAGGUAGGAAAGUGUCUGCGGGCGGGGCCAGCAGCGACAGCGCGGUGGCCAGCCAGUGCAGCGCGACCGACGACACGAUGGCCCAGGCCGAGUCCCCCCAGUGCCCGCCUGCCACAGACCCGCUGCGCGAUGCUAAGCGUAUUGCUUGGGACAGUUCAGAGCAGGCCUCCGGUCCUGAAAUAGAGCAUGCUCAGCCCGCACCCCCUGCCCUGCCACUAGGGGGCAGCGUGGCACAGCAGUCCCGCAAGCAAGAGAUCAUCAAAAUCACGGAGCAGCUGAUCGAGGCCAUCAACAACGGGGACUUCGAAGCGUACACGAGAAUCUGUGACCCUGGGCUGACCUCUUUCGAACCUGAAGCACUGGGAAACCUAGUGGAAGGCAUGGAUUUCCACAAAUUCUACUUUGAGAACUUGUUGAGUAAGAACAGCAAGCCGGUGCACACCACCAUCCUGAACCCGCACGUGCACCUGAUCGGGGAGGACGCCGCCUGCAUCGCCUACAUCCGCCUCACGCAGUACAUCGACAGCCAGGGCCGGCCGCGAAGCAGCCAAUCGGAGGAGACCCGCGUCUGGCACCGCCGCGACGCCAAGUGGCUCAACGUCCACUUCCACUGUUCAGGAGCCCCCGCCGCACCCCUGCAGUGAACCCCGACGGGCACAGAAAGAAGAAGAAAAUGGGGGGAAGAUUGAUGGCGCCUCUCCUUUCCGCACCGUGCGUGUACCCCACACCAUACUGUGUAAACACACGUUUUGGCUGUGCAACAUAUCAGCACCAUUAACACUGUGUCACCUCCUUCAUGAAGCUUUGUACUAUACUCUGUGAUGUUCUGUUUUCUUUUUUUUUUCUUUUUUUUUUUUUUUUUAAAGUAGUUGAUUGACUUGCGCUGUGGGCAUCGGCUGUCUCGCCUGACCAAGCUAGAUUUCAUGCGUGUGUGCGCAGCCAAGGAUCGUUCAUGUGGAAGAUUACAAAGCUACAAUGCAGUUUUUACUUCAAGUGGGGAAAAAAAUGGCAAAAAUAAAAAAACUAAAGUGAAGAGAAGCGAGACACUAACUGAUAAAAUAAUAGUCACACCUUUGAUGGUACCUAACCGUACUUAAGGGGUAGGAUGAAACAGGAUAACAUUGACUUACAAAUACUGAUAUCGAAAUGAUUAAUUCUUAAAAAGCCACAGUUUAACAAGAAAACUAUAUAUGCAGUUUUACAAGAGGAAGAAAUAUGCAUGUCUACUUUCUGGUAAAUAUUUUUCACUGUCUGUGUUUACUUGAUUAAAAAAAAAAAAAAAAUCUAUGUUAGUUGCAUCUUUGAGGUCAAUGAAAACUGCUCCGUCUCAAAUAUAAGUGAUGUAUCACAUUUUAAAAAAGGAAAAAAAAGAAAAGCCUUAGCUUGGUAUGUUCCCCUCCUUAUUAGUAAAUUUAUUGCAUUGUAACCGUAUAUUAUGGGGCUACAUAUGAAUAUACUCUGAGUUUUAAAUUGGAUGCUGGAUUUUGCAUGAUCAUACGACUAAUAAACCAUGAAUUUAAAACAAUCAAGUGUUCGUUUUAAUGUUAGUAGGUCUUCAUCAUAGCUUUGUUAUUGAAACUUGAUCUGGAAGUAUUUAAUAAAAAUAACAUUUCAGUGG